GAAAAUACAUCACGGCCGUCAACAUCACCCCACUCUAGACACCCCACAGAUGGUCAUGCCCCUUUAGGUGCUGUGAGAUCGUACCAAAAGUUUCUGCGGUGUAGACGGCAUAAGCAUUCACAUGAAAUGUUUCGCUGGUAUCUAAGCUUCUCUCACCCGUUCAUUCUUCGUUUCUUGUCCCUUCUCGGUAGACUUCUCAGAAGCCUUCUCAGUCGAAUUCUCAGUCGAAUUCUCAGUUGGCUUCUCAGUAGACUUCUCAGCUGGCUUCUCGGUUGA